ACGUCUCCAUCGGCAUGGCGGGGCUGGAGCUGCUGUCGGACCAGGGCUACCGCGUGGACGGGCGGCGCGCGGGGGAGCUGCGCAAGGUCCAGGCGCGGAUGGGCGUGUUCGCUCAGGCCGACGGCUCGGCCUACAUCGAGCAAGGCAACACCAAGGCGCUGGCGGUGGUGUACGGGCCGCACGAGAUCCGGGGCUCCCGGGCACGAGCCCUGCCUGACCGGGCACUGGUCAACUGCCAGUUCAGCUCAGCGACCUUCAGCACGGGGGAGCGCAAGCGGCGGCCACAUGGGGACCGCAAGUCCUGUGAGAUGGGCCUGCAGCUGCGCCAAACCUUCGAGGCAGCCAUCCUCACCCAGCUGCACCCUCGCUCCCAGAUUGACAUCUAUGUGCAGGUGCUGCAGGCAGAUGGUGGAACCUAUGCAGCUUGUGUGAAUGCAGCCACCCUGGCAGUGCUGGACGCCGGAAUACCCAUGAGGGACUUUGUGUGUGCCUGUUCGGCUGGCUUUGUGGAUGGCACAGCCCUGGCUGACCUGAGCCACGUGGAGGAAGCAGCUGGCGGCCCCCAGCUGGCCCUGGCCCUGCUACCAGCCUCGGGCCAGAUUGCACUACUGGAGAUGGAUGCCCGGCUACAUGAGGACCACCUGGAGCAGGUUCUGGAGGCCGCUGCCCGGGCUGCCCGCGAUGUGCACACUGUGUUGGACCGUGUGGUCCGGCAGCAUGUGUGCGAGGCCUCCCUCUUGCUGGGAGACUGACCACUUGACCCCACCCCUUGAAUAAAGCUCUGCUUGCCC